GUUCCGGCAGCAACUCUGAGCGGCUUUGCUGCUGCAGCCAGGAAGGAGCUAGGUGGUCCUGAGCUGUCAACUUCCUCCAGUUCCAAGAAUGCUUGCAGAAAUGCUCAUGCCUUCAUUCGCAAGUGGGGUCUUAGUUGGCAGAUCCCCUUCUCUUACAUCGACUAUGGAGAUUUGAAGGUUCCAUACCUCUCUCCUCAAUCCUUCAUGAAAUUUCUUUUGAAUCGAGCACCAGAACUCGUCCUGGGAGGGCAGGAAAUUUCAACCGGACAGCAGUCUCUCAAAAAGUUUUGGGACACUUAUGAGUCUUUCCAUCCUACGCAUGCAGUCUACCAGCUUCAACAACCAGAAAGAACAAGAGGAAACACUUUAGUGCUGCAGCUUCACGGAGAUGAGGGCCGGGGAUUGAAGAAAGGUAAUACAUGCGUCAUCAUGGUGGAGACCGUCUUGGGGCUGGACAGUUUCCAAUCAUCGUCCAAAAGGCAAUCCAGGGCCUGCGAAGAUUGCUGUUUGAGCGAGAAAUCUGCAAAGCGGUGUCGGCUCGCCUCUGGCUUCAGGGAAUGUUCAACCAGUGUCUCUAGCGAUGACUGCCCUACACACAUGCAAACAAACUACAAGUUGCACUCGUACCUGACUCGAUUUGUGUUGGUUGUCCUUCCCAACCGCUUGAGCAAAGACAAGAACUUGCUCAACCUGAUCUUCAUUCGACUCACCGAAGACUUCAAAGAGUUGUUUGAGAAGGGUGUUGCCACACAGUCUGGGCGGUGGUUCGGGGCCCUGUUGGGGUUCAAGGGGGACCUCAAAUGGUAUGAGAAGAUUGCUUCACUGGAUCGAUGCUUCAAUCGGCAAUUGAAGUCGGAGGCUCACAUGUGUCAUGAGUGUUUAGCCGGCGUUCCCACGCUGCCUUUCGAGACGAUCUCUCACCAUCCAGCCUGGGAGGAAACAAUCUAUUCGCAGAGACCCUGGUCCUUUCCUCCACCUUGGGAAAGCAUUCCUUUCAAUGUGGACAACCAGAACCCCAAACCUGAGAUGAUUCUCAGACGCGAUGUAUUCCACAAUUUCAAGCUUGGUGUUCUGCGUGAUUUCACUGCUUCAGCCAUCCUCCUCCUGUGCCACUUGAAGUAUUUUCAUGAAACGAAGACGCGUGGGUCUGGAAUCAGCAACAAAAUUGAUGUUCUGCUAGAGCGAGCCUAUCACCACUUCAGGCUUUACUGCGAUACAUCGAAGAGGUAUCCAGCACUACAUAGUUUCACCCCAAUUUUCUUCAACCGUACCAAGUCUACAGACUACCCCUGGAUGAACGCAAAGGGCUCUGACAUAGUUCUGGUAGUGGCCUGGCUUCGGGUCUUUGUGGCAGGCCUACUUCUCAAUCCACUUGCUGAAGAUCACAAACAUGUUUUGGCGGCCAUUCAAGAGGGUGCUGCCGCAGUGGAGAAUUUUCACGGAAUUCUGUACACACACGGCAUUUUCUUGCACAAGGAGUGUGGGGCACGUCUUCACCAAGAGCUUCACACCGCGCUGAACUGCUACAACAAGUUGGCAUUCCAUUCGUUGUACGGGUACUCUUUUUGUGGCUUCUCUAUGAAGUCCAAGUUCCAUGGAAUGUGCCAUACAAAACGUGAUUUGCUUGUUGAUCUGGAGUCAGCUACCUCUGCAUAUGUAAUUUCACCUCUAUGCUUUGCCUGUGAAGGCAACGAGGACACCAUCGGGCGCAUAUCCCGCCUCUCUAGAAGAGUCAGUCCAAGGAUCCCAAGCAAGAGAACUUUAGAAUUGUAUCUUGUAAAGGCGAAGAUGGUUUACGAUCGGUAUCGUAAGCAAAGAAAGAUCAAUGGACAGGGGACGCCAAAGAAGUGA